AUGGAGUCGCUACACCUGAGCCGACCACUGACGCUGAAAUGCGGCCUCACCAUCCCCAAUCGCCUGGUGAAAUCGGCCCUGGCUGAGAAAUUUGCGACAAGGGAUUCUCUGCCGGCCAGCAAACAGUGCCUUUCCGCCUACGAGGAGUGGGCAGACGGCGGCUGGGGAAUGGUCAUCACCGGAAACGUUCAAGUAACCCCCAAGUAUCUCGGAGCAAAGGGCGACAUUGCAUUUGACCCGGCAAGGAAGGACGAGGAGAAGGUUUUACAGGCUUGGAAGCAAUGGGCGGCGGCCUGCAGCAAGAAUGGGACAAAGGCCAUCGUCCAGAUCAACCACCCAGGCAGACAAUCACCGGCCGGGGCUGGCUGUCGCGGCCCAUUCACCAAGAACAUCGCGCCUAGUCCUAUCCCUCUAGACUUCGGCGAUGGCCUGCUACCCAAGAUCAUCGGCUCCGUCAUGUUCGGCACGCCCAGGGAGAUGGCCGUGGCCGAGAUUGAGGAGAUCGUCGAGCACUUUGCCAGCACAGCCCGCCUUGCAGCCGCCGCCGGGUUCGCGGGCGUCCAGAUCCACGGCGCGCACGGCUACCUCCUCACGCAGUUCCUCUCGCCCAAGACGAACAAGCGGGUGGACGACUACGGUGGCUCAGCGGUCAAGAGGGCCAAGAUCGUGGUGGACAUCAUCCAGGCCGUGCGCGCUGCGGUCCCGAGCGGUUUCUGCGUGGGGAUCAAGCUGAACUCGGCAGACUUCCAAUCCGUUUACGACAUGAAAGACUUCAACGAGCAGCUGGGGGCCAUCACGGCCGCCGGCGUCGACUUUGUGGAAGUCAGCGGCGGGACGUACGAGAAUCCGGAGAUGAUGGCCAACAGCGCCGUGGCGGAAAAAUCUGCCCGCACCAAGGCUCGCGAGGCCUUCUUCCUAGAUUUUGCCAAGAUCAUCAGGGCCGAAUUCCCAGAUGUCCCUCUCCUGGUUACGGGAGGCUUCCGCACACGCGAGGGCAUGGAAUCUGCAGUGUCGGAAAACGACUGCGACAUGAUUGGGCUUGGCCGGCCGUCGGUGCUACAGCCGUCGAUGCCCAAGAGCAUCAUCCUCAAUCGCGACAUCCCAGACUCUGAUGCGCACGUGCAUACAAAGGAGAUCCCAACGCCGUGGUACAUGGAUAUUGGGGUCAAGGCAAUCGGCGCCUCUCGUCAAGAUGCCUGGUACGUGAAGAAAAUUCACAAAAUGGGAUCUUGA